UCUUCCCUCUGCUGAGUGACUUCCAAGAGGUUAGACUCUUAUAUUCAAAGCUCGUCCCUCCUCCUCCUGAAGCUUAAGUCACACUGUGGCACCAGGGGGAGACUUCAGUUGGCAGCGCUGCCGCUUUACGCACGAUCUCCCCUGGUCGCAUCUUCCCGGCUGUGCGCGCACAGCUGCAGCCUCCUGUCUCCGCUCCCUGCGUGCGGACAGAUGGAUGCGCCAGCAGCACCUGCAGCGGCACACUUUUACUUAAACAUCACGCGAGGAUCCUUCCUUUCUAAAUAAACGCCUGUAUUUUUAUUUAUUUUUUAAAAUCUAUUUUUUCCAUCUUUCCAAAUGGAUAUUUACGCCUCAGCUUUGUCACCGGCGCUGGACAUCGGCGCAGGCUGCUACCUGCUGGUUUUAACCGUGCUCUCCACUGUGGGAAACCUGCUCAUCCUCAUCAUGACGUUCAGAAGGUCGUCCCGUAUGAAGCCGCCGGAGCUGCUCAGCGUGAACUUGGCGGUGACGGAUCUCGGCGCGGCCGUCACCAUGUAUCCCCUGGCCGUGGCCUCGGCCUGGAGCCACCACUGGCUCGGCGGAGACGUUUCCUGCAUCUACUACGGUCUGGCGGGCUUCUUCUUCGGCAUUGCCAGUAUCAUGAACCUCACCAUCUUAGCCGUAGUGCGCUUCAUUGUGUCCCUCAAUCUGCACUCUCCCAAGGAGAAGAUCAGCUGGAAGAAGGUGAAGAUGCUGUGUAUGUGGACCUGGCUGUACGCUCUGGUCUGGGCUCUGUUCCCCAUUCUGGGCUGGGGCCGGUACGGGCCGGAGCCCUUCGGCCUGUCCUGUUCGCUCGCCUGGGGACAAAUGAAGCACGAGGGCUUCUCGUUUGUCGUCUCUCUGUUCUCCGUGAACCUGCUCGUGCCGAGUGUCAUCAUCAUUUUCUGCUACUUCGGCAUCGCCAUGAGGCUCUACUUCACCUACAAGAAGUCGACGAACAGCAACCACGUCCCCAACAUCAUCAAACUCCACCGGAGGCUUCUGAUAAUUGCCGUUUUGAUCAGCGUAGGCUUCGUCGCCUGCUGGACGCCCUACGGCUUGGUAAGCCUGUGGUCCGUUUUGAACGACAGCAGCAAAAUCCCGCCCGAGGUCAGUCUGCUGCCUUGCAUGCUUGCAAAGAGCUCCACCGUGUACAACCCCUUGAUCUACUACUUCUUCAGCCGGAGCUUCAAAGAGGAGGUGAAGCAGCUGUCGUGGGAGUGCCUGGGCUCCCACGCGUGCCAGGUGUCCAACAGCGUCAGCGAAAACAACAUUUACAUGGUCAGCGUCAACCUCAAGUCCAAGGAAGUGGCGCGGGAAACCUUGCAGGAGAUCACCGAGUCGAGACAGUGACUUCGGCGUGAAGGAAUCUGAAAAAUAAGACUCAGCCGAGAUGAGUUGUCAGAGGUCUCAUGGUUCUGGAAUGGAAAGGUGUCCUCUGGGUUAUGACCAGGUAACCGGGUCCUUAGACAGACAGGCACGAUGGGUAAAAACUGUGACUGUUCCAAGAACUACAAAUAUUUUUUUUUAAAAGUUUCCAAUUCAGUCAUGGAGAUGGGAUAUCUGACAUCUGAGUAAACCGCGCUUAUCCAAGAAAUGAUCACAAUCGGCAGGUUUGCGAUGUUACGAUACAUUUAAGGUCACAGAGAGAAGAUGAGAGAAGAUAGCAAAGGUUCAAAGCCAAAUGCCGUACAGAGAAAUAUCACGGGACACUUACAAGAACUGCCAGAGAAAGUGGAAGUGUUUACUUUAUGGACGGUUUUUUCAUGUUGUGGAGGAGUUGUGCUUCUGUGUGCAUUGUGUGUGUGUAAACAAUAAAGUAGCUGUGGUGUCCUUGAAGGCCACACGUUGCCCGUUUCCGAAUGGCGGCUCAUGCGGGAACGCAAGAUUGUAAAGAAGCUGCUGUUAUUCUGUCUAAGCCUCGUGUUAUGAUGUGUAAAUGUACAACAGCUUUAACAACCUGAGCGGUAUGUAACUUUAAAGGCACCGUCUAAAACAGCUUUGUGUUGUAAAAAUGAAACUCUGCUCUUACAAACAACAUUUUUGGAGAGGUGUGUGACUGUUGAAGUUACUUCUGUAAAGCACAAUUCAAGGACAUAAAGGACGCAGUGGUUCUGCUUUUGUAUCAGUUUGACAAGUAGUCAAAAAAGUGAAAUAGCAGCACUUUUGGGUUACACUUUUAGUGUUUUGUUGCUGAAGUGAGGCUAGGUAUUUAUUUAGUCGUUGGAAAAACUCCAAAGAUGCGUCAUGACAUGUCUUUUAAAAAAAACUUAGCAACUUUUCUAGCUACGCUGAUUGUGGCAUAGGGGCAAAAAUGCAUGUGGAUCACAGAAAAUAAUUGGUUAAAAAGCCGUGGUUGACACAUACGUGGUUGCAUUUGAUUUGUCACUUUGCUUAUGUUGUCUGGAGCAAAUGUAGUGUAACCGAAUGCAUCAGAAUUCAUCAAAUAAUGAGGCGUUGCAUGUUAAGACGAUUAAAACCAUGCAUAAUUUACCAACUUAAGAGCAUGCUUGCUCUGUUUUACUGCUUAUUUUAAUAAUAUAAAUGUUUCCUGCACUACUAACAGCUCAUAAAAGGAAUAAGAAUACUUUAGUAAAUAUAAGCAAAAUAGCUGAUUUACGAGGAGGUUGCUAGUUCCAUCCUGACCACUAGAUGGCAAUAAUAGCAACACACAGCACCUUUAAACGGAUUUGUGUUUUUCCUCUCCUAUAGAUUUCAUCUCCAUUAUCAUAAUUUUCAUCAGUUUAAUCCUUUUUUUUGUACUUUGGGGAACCAAAACAAUAUUGCAAAGAAUUCGCUUAGUAAAAUCUGUCCAAACCUUGUAGAAGAAUUUGUUUGCUGCAUUCUGACCUGAUCAGGCCAGAUUUUUUUUUUUUUUUGUUGAGGUUUUCUUUUUUAUUCACUCUCUGUAUUGAUCAAAAAGAGUUUAUGGUACAAUCAGGCUGAACCACAUUACUACACUGAAACCAGAUAAGCACAUUAGUGAGGUUAACGUGUUUUGCAGGUACUAUUGACAAAGUGCGUCACUUUUGAGUCUCUAUUCUUGAUAUUUUCCCUUCUUAUUGUUAUGACAAUGUGCCUUUCAAAGCUAUUCAUUCUCCUGGUUCGCUUUCACAUUUUGUCACAGUACAAUCACAACUCUGUACUUUGUUGAGAUUUUAUGUAACACAAAGUUCUGCAUAAUAGCUAAGUGGAACAGCCCCCUUUCCCCUUCACCCAAAAUUAGCGCUUUUUAACUCCUUACAUUAAAAAGUAAUCUGGUGACAUUCAUUAAAUCUGAAAAUAUCCCCCUCUUUUUUGCAUAUAGUUGCUCAAACUCAGUUUCAGGCUCAUCUAUGAGCAACUAUUUGCAAGUCUUACCACAUUCUCAAUUAAAAUUUUGGUCUGGACUUUGACUGGGACAUUCGAACACAUGAACAGACUUUGUUCUUAACCGUUUCAUUGUAGCUGUGACCGUCUGGUUAGAGUGGUGUGCUCAUACUGAACACACUACUUUGCUUUGGCCUAAGUAGUGUGUAAGUAGUGUCUUCUACUUACACUUCUAAGGUUGUUGUUUAAUGUGCGAAUACUUUUGGAGGCCACAAUAUAAUCACCAAUGAAAAUAUAAAAACAUUCAAAUUAAAGAACCGCUUUUGCUUCAUAUUAUGAAAAAUAUGCAGCGAACCAACACUAUUUUCACUUGGCUGUUUUACCACCUGUGCUGAAAGCAGUGCUGCACUGCAGGGAAAUUUAAACCUUCAGCGGGUUCCUGCGCACUGUCGUGUCAAAAAAGGACCAGGUUGGGUUAAAGUCGUUUUUCACAUUCUCAGCCACAACACGGGCGAGCGAGGGAACGCAGCAUUUAAAACGUCUCAAGUCUCACUUAACAUACUGCACUGUGAAAACAAAACUUGAAUCCGGAGAAUGGUUGCAACCCAUUUGUGCCAAGUCUGCCUGAUUAUCAGAUGUGAAAAUAGCAUUAGUGUUCUCACUUCGAGGUUAGGAACUUUAUAUUCUGAGAGGAAUCGAGAGGAAAGUUGGACAUUGUUAUUUACAUACGCUACACUACAAUCCAGACUGCUUCCGCAAACAUUUUGUGAAAGAAUGGGUCGCCCUAAGGAGCUCAGCGAAUUCUAGCGCGUUACCUCGCUUUUAAGUAUUCCUCAGUCAGCUGUUGGUGGUAUUAUAACAGAGCAGAAAGGAUUGGGAAUGACAGAAACUCGGCCUGAAAGAGGCGAGCCCUGUGAAAUCACAAAAGUGGGAUCAGAGGAAGGUGAACUGCCCGAGUGCAAACAGAGCUUUUACUGGAGGGGAUUCCUGAUCAAGCAGCUCAAUUUAACUCUUACGUCAUCAAAAAGUAAUUCCGGUAAAGGGAGCACUUAAUGCUUCAGGAUAAUUUCAUCCCAACGGAUGACUGUUUCCUGCUCCAACAUGAUUGCUAAAAAGCCAGGACCUCAGGGACACGGAUGAAGAACUUGAGCGGUCUGCACAAUCCUGACCUCAACCAGACAGAACAUCACCCAGAGGAGAGACUGCUUCAUCCAACAUCAGAGUCCAACCUCAUACAUUACACAAAUGCAGCCCUACACCCUGCGGAACGCCACUUUUGGUUACUACUGCAGGCCAUUAGCUCUAAAGCUAAUCAUGAUUUCAUUAAAGUAAAGAGGCUAAAGGGGAAAACACAUCAGCAGAGUGUGGCACGGGUCAUAAAAUAGGAGUAUUGUGUUUAAUUAUAACAAACCACAACAUUGUGCACAACAUUCACCGGUCAAUCUCAGUUUCAUUCUGUUUAUUUGCGUGAAGGAUUUUCAAGCAUAACCAGUGGUUAAAAUGUAUACUUUGGGUAUAGAUGAAAGUAUAGAUCACUGGACACUUAGCACAUGUUAGCACACAGGUGGGCUAAGAAUGAACACACUUAUGUUACUUAUGUCACACUUAUGUCAUUACAACUACACUGCUCUUGGCUUGCCAAAGUUAUUUACUGCGGGUGAUGUAUUGUCUGGUUUCACCGUCUGCACAGAGCUCAACCUUAAAAACAAAAAGCUUUAUUAGAUUCAAAUGUCGUGAGCAGCUUGGCAGCAUGAAAAACGUAGCUGUCUAGUUUUGUACGUCCCACUGAAUGGAAGAGUUUAGCAAACAAAGUGACCUUCAGUCUGCAUUUUGUUCAGUAAACCUGUCUGGAAAAAUAAUUGCAUUUAACCCACCGUGUGGUGCAUGUCUGUAUCUGUGAACGUAAUAUGAGCUGCUUUGAGAGUAUUAUUUUUAUUUAUGUAUUCUUUUCUUUGGAAAACAAAAAAGACACAACUCUUCCCCACUGUAAAUAGUGCAGAAUUUUACUUGUGUGCAAUAUUAUCUUUUUCUUUUCUUUUCCUCGAAUCGUGGAGUUGCUGUUGAACAUUUUGUUUAGCAACUCGUGAAUGUAAAGCUCGGACUCUUUAUGGCAUCUUUAUGUGCACAAGUUACUGGUCGUAUUAAUGAAUAAACACAUAAUGAGUACAAACGCAAUGCAGUGGCAGUUAUAAUGGUUUCUAUGGAUACGUCAUUUAUAUCCAACAUACUCAUGGUAGAAGUCAUCUCGAAUUCAAACACUUGGAUCUUCCACCCCUUUUGUUGCUUUUUAGAUCCUCAGCAAAAUUGAUCUUUUUGAUAGAAAACAAAUAUAAAAACAGCCUGUAAUGUCAAAGUGAUUUUUUUAUUUUAUUUUCGUUACUGCUGAUCCCCACACAGUUUUGAAAGGAAGAACGGAGUAAAAUUGCAGCAUCCAGAUGUGUAGCACUGACAGAGAGCUGUCCAAACAGACAUCAUGCUUUGAUCGCAACCAAAGGUGAAACUACUGAAAUCUGACUGGAACGGGGUGAAUAUUUAAGGAAUAUUUCAUCUUUUUAUUCGUCAUUAUUUACGUUGUCAUUAUAAUUUUUUAUCAAAAAAGCUCAAAUUUAUUGUAAUUGAUCCCUAUAAGCAAUAAAAGGGGUAAAACAUCAAAAGUGGUGAAUGUUUUUUUUGUUAUAGGAACCGAACAGGAAAGGCAUUUGUUGUGAAAUGGUGAUAUUUAUAUGCUGUGAUGAUCAUAACAGCCUUGCUGUGUGUAGGUUUUGUCACAUGCACAGUUGACAUGUUCCCAUGUGCAAUGAAACACUUUGCUGUCUGCAAGAAUGCCGGUCAAAAAGGUAAAAGUAAAAAAAAAUGCAUAGAAGAAUUUGGAGAAAAAGUAACACCACCAUCUACAAACAGAGAAAAAUAAAACAAAAAUAGAAAAAUUAUGUGGCGUGUUCGCGGUCGUUUUUUUUUUUUAAGGGCAAAGGAUGUGAGGCAAUUUCUCAGAUUGUAGUUUUAUUUUGUGAUUGCGGGCAGAGGAACUGAAUACGACAAAAAGGUCAUAAACGCCUUUAAUCUUAUUGCCAUGAAUCCAACAUAUGCCAAGCAAAGUUCACAAAUGCUUAAAAUUAAACUGUAACCGUCAAACUGAUCACUAUCUGGACCAAAAAUGGGAACAUAACCUGUUGCCGAAGUUUAGCCAUAAACAGAACGGUGCAGAAAUGGGGAACAAAAGAAGAAUGGGAAUCAAAUCUCUCAAUAUAUUCAAUAUAAAUCCCAGAAAGAAUGAGGUGGUUGACGUGACAGAGCACUGCCAAAGUUUAAAAAAUAACUUUAUUUCAACCCAAGUGUCUAAGCAGGAUGUCGAUCACAUAGAAAGA